CAUAAAAACCCUUUGCACUUGAUCACUUCAACUUGCCAAAAUAUCAUCAUCUUUUUUUCCAAUUUUCAGGUUCCCAACAAAAAUUCAUCAAGCAAUCCCUACUUUGCUUUGAUUUUCCAUGAAGAACCCACUUAAUGUGAUCUGUUUUUGAAUUGGGGCUUCAAUUUUUCCCUACACAAAAGGUCGCAUACGCAUAUAUGGAGAUCGAUAAAGCUAUUAGAGAAAGCGAUGAUCGCAGACUGAAGGCUAAGUACAAUAACGCCAUUUAUGUCAUUCAAAGAGCCCUUGCCCUUUACUCGAUCGAAGAGGUCGCAUUCAGCUUCAAUGGAGGAAAGGAUUCAACUGUUUUGUUACACCUGCUUAGGGCAGGACACUUUUUGCAUCAAGUGGAAUAUGGGCAUUCAAAUGGUGAUCUAUCAGAUCGUGAAUUUACGUUUCCCAUAAGGACGAUAUAUUUCGAAAGCCCUUCUGCCUUCCCUGAAAUCAGUUCAUUCACUUACGAAACAGCUGAUAGUUAUGGUGUGCAGCUAGAUAUCCUUCGUCAAGAUUUCAAGUCUGGUUUGGAGGCUCUUUUAAAGGCGAAACCAAUUAGAGCUAUUUUCCUUGGUGUUCGAAUUGGUGAUCCCACUGCUGUUGGUCAAGAACAAUUCUCUCCAAGCUCGUCUGGCUGGCCACCUUUCAUGAGAGUGAAUCCAAUCUUGGACUGGUCAUACAGGGAUGUGUGGGCCUUUCUUUUGACUUGCAAGGUUCAGUACUGUGGUCUCUAUGAUCAAGGUUACACGUCAAUUGGAAGCAUCCAUGACACAGUUCCAAAUGCGUUGCUAUGCAUCAAAGAUUCUGCAGUUGGUAAACAAAAGUUCAGGCCUGCAUAUAUGCUUUCUGAUGGAAGAUUGGAAAGAGCAGGUAGAGCAAGAAAGUCAUCUUUGAUUGCUGGCCGAGUACCUGCCGUCAGCAAUGGCCUGAAAUGUGUGGAACCAAAUCAGAGCAGCGUCCUUACAGCCUCCAUUGUAGCCGUGGGUGAUGACAUUCUCUUUGGAAUUAUUGAGGAUCAAUUGGGACCUUCUUUGUGUAGAAAGCUUCAUUCAAUAGGUUGGCUGGUCUCCCAAAUUGCUAUUGUACAAAAUGAUGUGGAUUCCGUGGCCGAAGAAGUUGAAAGGCGGAAGUCUAUGAGUGACAUGGUGUUCAUAUAUGGAGGUGUUGGCCCAUUACAUUCAGAUGUAACCGUUGGAGGAGUUGCCAAAGCAUUUGGCGUUCGUUUGGUUCCAGAUGAAGAAUACAAAGAAUAUCUUAGCCAACUGUUUGGUGACAAGUACACUGGGGACCAUAACGAGAUGGCUCGGCUGCCUGAAGGGAUUACAGAACUGCUGCAACAUGAAAAGCUUCCUGUUCCAUUGAUCAUGUGUCAUAAUGUGAUCGUUCUUAGUGCAACAAAUGUUGAUGAGUUAGACGUACAGUGGGAUGCUUUGAUCGAUUCAAGGUCUACUAGCCUGCUAACAUCAUUGGGACCAUUUGUAUCAAAGCAUUUGACAACCUCCCUCACCGAUAUAGAAGUUGCUCAACCUCUAUCCAAGAUUUCUGUCGAAUUUCCAGAUAUCUACAUUGGGUGUUAUCGUAAAUCCAGAACUGGGCCUCUCGCUAUCACCUUUGAAGGAAAGGAUCAAGAAAAGGUAGAAGCAGCCAUGGAAGCCAUUUCUCUGAAGUUAUCGUCUGUGGUCAAACAAAUAUCGCUUUGAGGGUUCGUCAUAAAAUGCUUGAAGAUCGCAUUCUAAUUCGCAUGUCGAGAUGAUGCACUGAAGAAGGGGUUUUUUGAGGUGAAGAAUUACAAGUGAAAUGGAAAGGGGACUAGGGACCAAAUGACUUUUGUAUAUAUAGACACCAAAUCUAUAGCCUCAUUAUGCUUUACAUAUCUAUAUCAUAUACAAACAUGCAUAAAUACUUUGAAAUGAGAUAUAUUAGAAUUGUUUGGUUUAAUUUACAAACGC